AUGGCACCUCAAGUAAUUCCUUCGCAUUCAACAUCAGUUAUGGAUUUCCCUACUGCAAGGACAAACUAUCAAUUUGAGAAUCAAAACAAGACAGUUUGGGGACAAGUUGCAUCACCUAUUAAUUCGGUAACACAAUCUUCCAAUCUAGUUUUCACUUAUCCUUCCUUGGAUUAUGUAGGAGAUGCCGGGAUAUCCAACCCAAACACUCAAUUUUUAAGGGAUAUUGAGAAUCGCUUGCUAGAUUAUUCUCAAGUUGAGCCAGUAUAUUCAUUGCUCGAUCCAUUGGAUGCGACUUCUGACAAUGGAAUUACUCCAUUAGACGUAAACUCUAAUAAUCAAUUGAUGCAGAAUGUCACCGAAAAUUCCAUAUCAUAUGGUUUCUUUCCACAAUCUACAAAUUGUAUAGCUCGAGAUUCUAACGAAAACCUUGUGAUGCAACCAGAAGUAAACCCUAACAAUCAAGUGAUGCAGAAUGGCACUAAAAAUUCCAUAUCAGAUGGUUUCUCUCCACAAUCUACAAAUUGGAUUGCUCGAGAUCCUAACGAAAACCUUGUGGUGCACCUGGAAGUAAACUCUAGUAAUCAAUUGAUCCAGAAUGGCACUGAAAAUUCCAUAUCAAAUGGUUUCUCUCCACAAUCUACAAAUUGGAUGGCUCGAGAUUCUAACGAGAACCUUGUGGUGCAAUCGGAAGUAAACCCUAACAAUCAAGUGAUGCAGAAUGGCACUAAAAACUCCAUAUCAUAUGGUUUCCCUCCACAAUCAACAAAAUGGAUUGCUCGAGAAUCUAAAGAAAACUUUGUGAUGCACCUGGAAGUAAACUCUAGUAAUCAAUUGAUGCAGAAUGUCACAGCAAAUUCCAUAACGGAUUGUUUCUUACCACAACCUAUAAAUUGGAUAGCUUGA